AUGCCACCCCAGCCAAGCAGUAAGGCUAUUAAGAAGGCUGGCAAAGUGCAGAAAGCAGCCCACGCUACUGACAAGAAUAAAAAGAAGCGCAGGAGGAAGGAGAGCUUCAGCAUCUACAUUUACAAGGUACCCAAGCAGGUGCACCCUGACACCGGCGUCUCCAGAAAGGCGAUGUCGAUCAUCAACAGCUUUGUCAACGACAUCUUCGAACGCAUCGCCGCUGAAGCGUCUCGGCUGGCACACUACAACAAGCGCUCCACCAUCACCAGCCGUGAAGUACAGACCGCAGUACGCCUGUUGCUACCUGGAGAACUCUCCAAGCACGCGGUCUCGGAAGGCACGAAGGCCGUCACGAAGUACACAUCCUCGAAGUGA